CCUUCCUUCUUCCUCCCUUCCUGCCUUAUUCCCUUUCUACCCCACGCCCCUUUCUUCUUCUUGUCCCUCCUCCUCCUCCAGCCCGACCACUGCUAACCACACCUACAGCUCAUGCACACCAAAUACACCCUCAUCCCAACGCACGAAACCAUCAUCCCUCACACCGUCAAGUCCUCGCUCACCCCCUCCCUCCCUCGCCUCAACCCACAGCUAUCCGAAGAGGUGCAAAUCGCUUGCUCGCAGGAAAUUUCCCCCCUUAUCUCUAGCUCUCCCUCCGACUGGGCCCCCAUCAACAUCAACUCCAAACUCCUACGCAUCGUCGCCAAAGUCUCCGGACGCGUUUUUAUCGGCCCGGAGUUAUGCCAUGAUGAGCGCUACCUAGAGGCCGCCGUGGGGUAUACCGUCAGCGUGAUGGAGGCGCAAAGAGCCGUAGAGAAGAUGAGUCCCUGGCUUCGGCCUUUUGCAGCAUGGCGGUUGAAGGAGGUUCGGAAGUUGGCGCAGAUGGAAAGGGAUGCCACGGCUUUUCUGAGACCUGUCGUCGAGGCCCGCAGGGAAAAGCAAAGAAAGGGGGAAGAGAAGGACAACGACAUGUUGCAGUGGUUGAUGGAUUCCGCGGAUCAGGGCCAAGGAAAGCAGCACGGCAAGUGGGGGGAGGACACGACCACCACGAGAAAGUUGGCCAGAUUGCAGCUCUCUAUCAGCUUCGCUGCCAUCCAUACUACCACGUUGGUGACGACGCACGCGGUUUACAGCCUUGCCGCGGACCCCGAGUUGCAGGCCACGCUGCGGGAGGAGGUCCAGUCAGUCCUCGAGGAGCACAACGGCGUCUUCACCACCUCGGCCCUGCAAGCCAUGAAGAAGACGGAUUCCUUCCUCAAGGAGACGAUGCGCUUCCACCCUCUGGCACAGAUCUCCUUCACCCGCAAGGUGCUCAAGACCCUUGUUCUCUCCAACGGGCAGGUCAUUCCCAAGGGAUCGACAAUCGAAGUCCCCAACUACGCCGUCUCGCGGGACCCCGAAGUGUAUCCCAAUCCGGACGUGUUUGAUCCGUUGAGGUUCUAUAACCUCAGGAAUGAGGCCAGGGGCAAGGGGGAGGUGGAGCAAGCGGCGACGAACCAAUUUGUGAGCAUCAACAAGGAGUUCUUGACCUUCGGGUAUGGACGACAUGCCUGCCCCGGAAGGUUCUUUGCGGCGAAUGAGAUCAAGAUGAUUUUGGCGAAUCUGGUGAUGACGUAUCAGAUGGGACUGGUGGAGGGGGAGACGGAGAGGUAUAAGGAUUGGGAUAUUGCGGCGGGGACAAUUCCGGAUCCGACGAAGGAUGUGAUGUUUAGGAAGCUGUAAGGGCCCGGUGCUGGGCCUGGUGUAGGUAGCCGUCU